AUGAGGUUAAACUUCAGCGAGCCACCCACUCCGAGCUUGAGUCGCCAAAACACCAUACAAGGCCAUCAUCAACGGCGCGGCACUUAUCCUCAUCAGCUGUCAUCGCGGGCAAAGCCAAGAAGAUGGCCACUUGUCUUUCGCUUUAUCAAAGGCGCAAUCCAUGGUGCCAUCUUAGUCCCAGUCUUUCUGCAUGCUGUAUUCACAGCUUUGAUUGUAUACUUGGAUACUUACGUAUUCGAGACUGUCGGUCUACCUAACACCAUCAUCCCAUCUUUAUCCAUUGUCGUAGGUCUGAUGCUUGUUUUCCGCAACCAAACAUCCUAUAAUCGAUUUUGGGACGGGCGGAAUGGAAUGAACACACUCAACACCUGCGUACGUAACCUCGUCCGUACGAUCGCAACAAACAGCUACAGUUCAAAGCGGGGACCACCCACUGCCGAAGAGCGCGAGGAUAUCGAACGUACUAUUCGCAUCCUCAUGGCUAUCCCGUAUGCCGUGAAAAAUCAUUUACGCGCCGAAUGGGGCGCUGCUUGGGUCUUUGACAGCUCUGUCGAUGAGGUUCUGAACGCACAUCCAUCCACUCUUUAUAACCCCGAAUAUGCAAACCUGUUACCUACAGGCCUUGAGGGGCAUGAAGAUGAAGGACUGGGUCUCCCUUUCCAGUUGACCUUCUUCGUUGAUGGGUUUAUCAAGCGUGGCGAGGAGCGUGGCUGGUAUCCUGCGCCUGGUGCUAGUCAAAUGCAGGCUCAGUUGAAUACCUUGACUGAUGCGUAUGGGAAGAUGGAGACGAUCAAGUUGACUCCGAUCCCGGUGGCUCACUUGAUUCAUCAAAAGCAAGUUCUCGCCCUUUUUGGUUGUGUUUUACCGUUUGCCAUGGUCGAUGAGAUGGGAUGGUGGGCCAUCCCCAUUGUCAGCCUUGUUAUCUUCACGCUCUAUGGCAUCGAGGGAAUAGGCUCGCAGUUGGAAGAUCCCUUUGGCUACGACAGAAACGAUAUCAAGAUGGAUGCUAUCGCCGGUGACUCUAAGACUGAGAUCGAUGUCGUUUUGUCUGAGUGGCGCACGCACUCGAAAGCCAUGGAGACAUUGAGACAACAGCCCCCUGGUGCAGUUCACGGCAAUUUAUGUUUAACGCCCGAUCCAAAUAAUUUUGGAGACGUAAAUGGAGACGGCAAGUAUACUCCCCCAGACUUGUUCCUAAGGUUGAGGCCGAGUACUGCCAGGUGA